CUUGUUUUUUUAUUAUUUUUCUUUUUCAAUGGAUGAUCGCGAAAGAAGAGAAAGAUCAGAAAGUCCAGAGGAAUCAUGGAGGCCACUAAAGCCCAUUCCUGCCAGUAAACUUCAAGCAUUUACUGUUGGAAGUAACAAAAAGACUCCAUUUCAGAAACGAAAAGAAGAAGCUGAAAUGAAGAAAAAGCAAGAAACUGAGGAAGCUGCCAAAGUGUACGCAGAUUUUGUAGCUUCGUUUGAAGAGCCACAGGACUAUAGUCUCGGCACAAAGACGUUUAUCAAGAGCAAUACAUUGUUAAAAGGAGAUAAAGUGAUGCCUGCCGAUAACCUUCCUUUGAGAUAUGAACCAACGAGUUAUUCUAAACCUCCGGCAUCGUCAACACAUUCGGCUCCUCCUCCUCCUUCCCAACAGCAACAACAACAUAGCCAUAACCAUAACCACAAUCAUAACCACAAUCACAAUCACAAUCAGAAUCACAGCAAUAAUUACCAAAAUCAAUCGCAACCAUCUUCAACAACCACAAAACAACCUUAUAAACCAAUGCCUUUCGUCAAAGCUGGAGAAGGACCGAAACCUAAAAUGAGAGUACCUGUAUUAUCUCAAGAAGACGACGAUGAAGAAGAAGAUAUGAUCGCAUUAAAAGAAGCCAAAGCACAAAAGAAAAGGAACUUGGAUACUUUUUUGGAAGAAAUUAAAAAAGGACAAGAAGACCGACAAGACAAGUUGCGUUCAAGAUAUGGCAAAUCAACCUCUUCUCAUGUGGUGACGGUUUCCAGAGGAGGUAGUGGAUCAGUAGCACAGGAAGAUCAUGAACCUAGUGUUGGUUCAUUUGACACUGGAGACUCCAUGACCACAAACCUUUACAUCGGUAAUAUCAAUCCUACAGUUGAUGAACUCGCGAUUUGCCAAGGAUUUGGUAAAUUUGGUCCUAUUGCAUCUGUCAAAAUUAUGUGGCCGCGUACAACCGAAGAAAAAGAACGGAAUCGAAACUGUGGAUUUGUGAGCUUUAUGUCGCGUAAGGAUGCAGAGCAGGCAUUGAAGCACAUGGACGGAAAGGACUUUCACAACUACGCAAUGAACGUUGGAUGGGGAAAGGCUGUUCCUAUGCCAGCACAACCGAUAUUUGUUUUGAACGAGAGCAAAAAGGCGUUACCAACUGGGUUACCAUUUAAUGCACAGGUUGCUAAUGCACAAGGUGGAGGGACUUCUCAACCACGGGCUGAGGUCAAGGUGGUCAAACCAACUAACAUUCAGCAAGUUAAAAUUAUCCACCGAACAAUCGAACGUGUAUUAGAACAUGGACAGCCAAUAGAGGCUGCGAUCAUGGAAAAAGAAAAAGAGAAUCCAAAAUUCCGUUUUUUAUUCGACUUCAACUCGGAAGAUCAUAUUUACUACCGCUGGAAACUGUAUUCAAUGCUCCAAGGAGAUACAAAAUCACAAUGGCGCUCAGAGCCUUUUCAGAUGUACAAAGGAGGUGUCUGGUGGGUUCCUCCAGAUGUACCAUUUGACGAUGAGGGCAUGAAUGAAAUGAUGUUGGAUUCGGAUGAUGAAGAAAAAGAAUCUGUUCGGGAAAAUAUCCCCAAGGGUGUACUCGGAAAGAUUGCACGUCAAAGGUUGGAAAUGAUGCUUCGUCAAGUAUCUUUUCAAAGAGGUACCAUUGCUCGUACAAUGGCCUUUGCAAUCGAUCAUGCUGAUGCUGCUGAAGAGGUUGUUGAAACUGUUUGUAAAUCAUUGGUGAUACCUGAAACGCCUAUCUCAACAAAACUCGCGCGACUUUUCCUUGUUUCUGAUAUUUUACACAACAGCAGUGUACAUGUUCCUAAUGCAUGGAAGUAUCGACAAAGCUUUGAGACACGUUUGCCACCAGUAUUUGAACAUCUCAAUCAAGUAUAUCGUUCCAUGACAGCUCGUUUAAAGGCUGAACAAGUCAGGCGCCAUAUUAGUACUGUUUUGGGUGUUUGGGAGAACUGGAUGGUAUUUCCUCAGCAUUACAUUGAAAAGUUGAGUACACUCUUUAUGAAGAAAUCUAUACAAGGCAGUGAACAGACUGUUGCACCUGAAGCAUCCACACAUACUACAGCAUCACAAGACUUUGGAUCCAUGUCACUUGCUAGUCAAGGCACCACCACCGGUCUCAGUUCAGAGCCAGAUGAAGGAGUAAAAUCGACAAUCACAUCUGAUACAGCAGCAACUGCACAAAAGACACAAGCAAAGACAGUAUCAGCAGACGCAGAAGCUCUACCGUCAUUACCAGUAGCAGCGGAAACAGCUUAUAUUCAAGAAGCGAUAGAGACUGCAGAAACAAACACAACAACAAUGAGGGUGCAAGAUGAUGAUAACAUUGGCGGUAAAUAUACUGAAGAUGUGGAUGGUGAACCUAUGGGUGAUGAUGAUGUGGACGGUGAGCCUAUGGAAGAUGAUGAUGUAGAUGGCGAACCUAUGGAAGAUGACGAUGUUGAUGGUGAACCUAUGGAAGAUGAGUCUCAAGAGAACAAAAACACUGGCUCAUCAACUUCAGCCCAUGAUAUUUCAGAUAUGUUCGCAUAAGCAUGUCCAGUCUUGUCUUUAUCUCUAUUUUUUUUUCUUUGUCUUUCUUUCUGUCUUCUUUUUUUUUCAUGCACAUAUGGCUCACUUUACUUUAGUUUUACAUUCGCACAAAAUAAACAUCAUUAAAAAAUGU